CUGAGGUGGUGUGCUGACGUUAAAAAAAAAACAAAAGGUGUCGGUUUGAACCUCUCCUGGUAGUGUAAACUCUUUUUGAGCACCAAAGAAAAUAUAUAUUUCCCCAUAUAUCAUAUUCCAUGGACGAACACGGUUUUGAAGCACGUCUUCGACAUUUAGAACAUAUUGUGGCCGGUCAAACCAAUAUUCCACGCAGCACAAAAACCUCCAUUUUGAAACGCAUCGACGAUCUAAAAAAAGAACUACACACGCUAUACAAAUCCAACAAACCAAUCAAAGAGUUUAUUGAAAGAUAUGACGCACAUGCCAAACUACUGGAUCCGGCCGACUCAACACUGGCCAUGGAACGCGAAUUGCUUACGACGGAUACAAAACUUGAACUGGUCCUAGCAGCGUGUGAUGACCUUGAAAAGUUUGCAGGGCAAGUGCGACAAGUCAAGUCAUUGGAACACGUUGUCAGUGGCUCUGAAUACGAUGCAUUAGAUACGUUGGGUCCUCAGCUUGCGCCGUUAGAAGCAAAGCAUGCCGAACAAGCAAAAGAAUUAGCAGAAGUAACUAAAAAGAUAUCGGUGUCGAUGGAUAAUUAUAAUGGCAUUGUCAACACACUGUCCGAGAUUUUUAUUUCUUGGGAUGAUAUCCUAUCCACAAUGGAAACUCAUGUCACUGCCCUUGAGCGCCAACGCGCUCAAUAACACCCCACCCCACCUUUCUCUCUCUCUCUCUCUCUCUCUCUCUUUCUAUCACCCUUGUUAUAUAUACUACGUACCUAUCUUUGAUUAUACCAGCAAAUCCAACAA